UUCAUUGUGAUGGAGCUCGUUGUUAGUAGGCUAAGAUUUGGUUACCGAACUUCGGUAUAGGUUCAUUUCCUGAAAUACAAGCAAGAAUCCAAGUAGCUGAAAUGAUGGAGGACAAAUCCAGCCUGCUGCUCUCCUUCCACACUGAACCCAAACAAGAGUCACUGGAUUCUAAAUGUUACAGUGGAGCUAAGUGUUCAUUGGUGGAUUCAGAGAUGACAUCAGUUAAGCUGGAACACUGCAGUCAAAUACUGGGACUGAAUGUACAAGUUGAAGAGCAGGAGGAGAAGAAUUUUGAGGAUUUAAUUAGUCAAGAUGAGAUUGCUGAAGUUGAUACAUUUACUACAUCUGGAGAGAAACAACAAGAAGACUGCAAAGAUGAGAAGCCUCCCCCCUGCACCCAUUGUGGGAAAUGUUUCCUAAAUGAAUCAGAUUUAAAACGACACAUUAACAUAUGUACAAGAGAGAAGCCUUUCUCCUGUUCAGUCUGUGUGAAGAGUUUCUCUCAUUUAUGUUACCUUAAAGCUCACCAGCGCAAACAUACUGGAGAGAAGCCUUUCUCCUGUUCUGACUGUGGUAAGGGUUUCUCCAUAUUAGGUAACCUCAAAGUUCACCAACGCAUUCACACUGGAGAGAAACCUUAUUCCUGUUCUGACUGUGGGAAGAAUUGUUCUCAGUUUGAUGAGCUUAAAAGGCACCAGCGCAUACACACUAAAGAGAAACCUUAUUCCUGUUCUGACUGUGGGAAGGGUUUUUCUCAGUUAGCUAAUCUUAACAGGCACCAGCACAUACACACUGGAGAUAAACCGUACUCCUGUUCUGAGUGUGGAAAAGGAUUCAUUACAUCGUAUGAACUUACUAGCCAUAAGAGAGUGCACACAGGAGAGAAGCCAUACUCCUGUUAUGACUGCGGGAGGAGUUUUUCAAAAUUAUGUUAUCUUAAAAAGCACCAGCACAUACACACUAGAGAGAAACCUUAUUGCUGUUCUGACUGCGGGAAGGGUUUUUCUCAGUUAGGUCAGCUUAAAAGGCACCAUCACAAACACACUGGAGAUAAACCAUACUCCUGUUCUGACUGUGGGAAAGGUUUCAUUACAUCAUCUGAACUUACUAGCCAUAAGAGAGUGCACACUGGUGAGAAGCUUUACUCUUGUUCUGACUGCGGGAAGAGUUUUUCACAAUUAGGUCACCUUAAAAAGCACCAGUACAUACACACUAGAGAGAAACCUUAUUGCUGUUCUGACUGCGGGAAGUGUUUUUCUCAGUUAGAUAAUCUCAAAAGGCACCAGCACAAACACACUGGGGAUAAACCAUACGCUUGUUCUGACUGUGGGAAAGAUUUUAUUACAUCAUCUGAACUUUCAAGCCAUAAGAGAAUGCACACAGGAGAGAAGCCUUACCUCUGUUCUGAUUGUUGGAAGAGUUUCUCUUGGUUAAGUAGCCUUAAAAUUCACAUGCACACACACACUAAAGAGAAACCUUAUUGCUGUUCUGACUGCGGGAAGACUUUUUCUCAGUUAGCUAAGCUUAAAAGACACCAGCGCUUACACAUUUGAGAUCAACUUCACUCCUGUUCUGACUGUGGAAAAGGUUUCAUUACAUCACCUGAACUUACUCGCCAUAAGGGUGCACACAGCAGAGAAACCUUGAUCUUGUUUGGUCUGUGGGAAGAGGAGUUCCAGUCAUCCAGUUUCCUUCCAAAUACACUACUCCAAAAAAUUAAGGGAUCACUUAAUUCACACAUCAGGUCUCGAUGAAGUAAAUAUAUUAAAGAUCAAAAUAUUUACUGUGCUCCCGACAACAUCUGGGCAUGCUCCUGAUGAGAUGGUGCUGGAUGAUGUUGCCGGCAGCACAGCGUUCACGUCGUCUCCAGUCUUAUGUCUUUCACGUACUCAGUGUGAACCUGUUCUUAUCUGUUAAGGGUACCAACAGGGUACCAAUGACGGACCAACCAAUCUGGUGUUCUUUGGCGAAUGCCAAUCGAGCUGCAUCGUGCUGGACUCUGAGCACAGGUCCCAUUAGAGGACGUUGGGCCCUGA